CAUCUUUACUUUUUCACAUGACUUUUGGAUGUCAGCUCACGUGAGCUAAAUAUUUUUGCAUUUUUCUGCCUAUAUCGGACUUCAACCUCGCUACUCAACCAUAUCGUCGAUGGAAAAGAGCGUCAAGAUGAAGAAAAAGGUAUUGCUUAUGGGCAAAAGUGGUUCUGGUAAGACCAGUAUGAGGUCUAUUAUAUUCGCUAACUACAUAGCUAGAGAUACGAGACGAUUAGGCGCAACAAUUGACGUGGAACACUCUCACGUGAGAUUUCUUGGAAAUCUUGUACUAAAUCUUUGGGAUUGUGGAGGGCAAGAAGCAUUUAUGGAGAACUACUUUGCAAGUCAGAGAGACAACAUUUUCCGUAAUGUAGAAGUCUUGAUUUAUGUGUUUGAUGUGGAGAGCCGUGAACUUGAAAAAGACAUGCAUUAUUAUCAGUCCUGUUUGGAAGCCAUUCUUCAGAAUUCACCAGAUGCUAAGAUCUUUUGUCUGAUCCACAAGAUGGACUUGGUACAAGAAGAUCAAAGAGACUUGAUUUUCAAGGAGAGAGAAGAGGAUCUGAAGCGUCUUUCAAAACCACUCGAGUGCACUUGUUUUAGAACAUCGAUCUGGGAUGAGACACUUUACAAGGCAUGGUCUUCUAUUGUCUAUCAACUGAUACCAAAUGUCACACAGUUGGAACAGAAUCUAGAGAACUUUGCUUCUAUUAUUGAUGCUGAUGAGGUGUUGCUGUUUGAGCGAGCUACUUUUUUGGUUAUAUCCUUCUGUCAGAGAAAACCACACAGAGAUGUCCAUAGAUUUGAGAAAAUUAGCAAUAUCAUUAAACAAUUCAAGCUUAGUUGUAGUAAGUUACAUGCUCAUUUUCAAAGUAUGGAGGUCAGGAACUCUGGCUUUGCAUCGUUCAUCGAUGUGUUCACGCCCAACACAUAUGUUAUGGUUAUUAUGUCAGAUUGCUCUAUACCGUCUGCAGCCACUCAAAUCAACAUUAAGAACGCAAGACAACACUUUGAAAAGUUGGAAAAAAGUCCUUCAGAUGGAUCGCAUUCACUGAGGGGAAGAUAGAAAUAGUGAGACGUACGUACUGGAAGUGGAAAAAAUGAAUACUGUUUAGGUAUGAAGCAGUACAUACAUUUCAAAUUUCUUUAUUUCACAAAAAAAUCUAUCAAAAUGCUAAAAACUGUAAAAUAAUUUGAUGACAUUUAUAACUAUUAAGUAGUUAGGCAUAGCUCCUAGAUAUGAAGAUGAGCCAGUCCCUUGCUUUCAAUAAUUGUUUUCUUCAUGCUUUUAAGAAUCUAUCUUAAACUGUACUUUUAGUUAAUGUACACCUGUACGUACACCAAUCCAUGAUGUUGUUGCAUUUUACUAUUAAUCCCAAAACAAAAAUUAGGAAGAUACCUAGAUGCCGUCUUAGUUCAGAGUGCUAAACUAAGACUGUGUGCACAGCACGUGAAAUCACAAAAAUGCAGUCAAUCUCCAUACAAAAGUGACUAUUCAUAUCUUUGUUGGCAUUCUGCAUAAUGCUUGGCAUUGGAUGUGCAAACUUCGUUUUUGCCCAGGAGUGAUACAAAUUGAAUAAGCUAGAGAUAUUAGAAACAAGAAGUGUCUUGUCAAAGUAUGCCUUAUGAGACAAGAAAUAGAUUAAACACAGAUCAGUUGACAGUGCCA